GCCAACAUUUUACUCUCAGCCACACCAAAAAGCCUGAACCGACCCGCCUCCCCUCCCCCUUUCAUUCUUUAAGCACCUUUUCCCCGCGACUCUCAUUUCCAUUCCCUCUUCUUUCUCCCCUUCCACUCUUCUACACUGCAUUAGCUCAACCUUUUCCCCUCCCCAAUCCCGAUUCUCGCCCCCUAACUUCACUGACAAGGCUCUGGAAUUGCAGGCCUUGUGUGUUCUUCACGGAAUUUUAGCUUGGAAUUCUUGCGAUCAACCUCAUGGCUAUGGCGCCUGAUCGAUCAAAGCCGCUGCACAACUUCUCCUUGCCGUAUCUCAAAUGGGGCUCCCAGAGAUUCCUCAAGUGUAUGAAGCUUUCUUCUAACUCCAACCCCGCUGCUCAUCGCCAAUCGGAAUCCUACCGAGUCCGGGAGAGACCUAUUAAUUCUAAAGGCGCGAACUCCACCAGAUUCUCUUCUCCGAUGAAACCUAGUGAAGGGAACAACGAUCGGAGCAGUUCCAUUGAAAUCAUGCGCGAGAAGAUCAUGCUCGAUAUCAGGGAGGAAUCGAAGAGACUCAAGUUUUCGAUUGCUGAUGAAGGCGGCGAGGGAGAAUCCACUGCGGCUCGCCCGUGGAAUUUGCGGACUCGUAGAGCAGCGUGUAAGGCUCCUCCAGAUGAGAGGACUCCAGAAUUCGGUUCAUCUUCGAUCAAGGCUAUAACGAAGAAGGAGAAGGAGAAGGAGAAGAAUCGGAGUACGUUAUUAGUAUCGCUGUCGAAAGAGGAGCUUGAAGAGGACUUUGCGGUGCUCGUCGGUAAGCUACCGAGGAGGCCAAAGAAGAGGCCUAGAACUGUACAAAAGCAAUUGGAUGGACUUUUUCCUGGGCUGUUACUGACUGAAAUCACUGUAGAUUCAUAUAAAGUUGCUGAAACUUGAAAGGUUCCAUUUGGUUUCUACUUCGGAUAUCAUGAUUCUUGCUGACUGCCAUUUCUGAAUUGGAUAUGCAGGAGAGAUGAAAUCUCCUUGCUGUUUGUGGUAACAUAUUCUCUGUUUCUAUCACAAUAAUGGCUAGAAAAGCAAGAUGUGUGAAUAAUUAGCAAAAUAAAAUUUGAAGUAACUGUAAAUUCUGUGUGGCAAGUUUCUUGAUUGUUCUGUUCAUACUAUAAUCCUUAACCAUCUGGAAUGCAAUGGCAGGCAUAUUGGUUCUUGGGUUCAUAA